UAUGAAAUUAAAAAAUAAAAUAAAAACUUAGUCUAUUAGAAAGAGAAAAUUGAAGUCUCGUAAACUUGGCUCGAUUUACGUGUUCAAUUUUAUUUUCUUUUCUUAGUUUGAUCACCUUCUCGGGACAGUUUAAUUUUAUAUUUUCUCGAGAAAAUUUUGGAGAUGAGAGGCGUGAAUGGAGAUUCAAGAGCUUUGAACAACACUUUGGAGACCAUAAGCGCGGCUGCUACUGCGAUCGCUUCUGCUGAGAAUCGUGUGCCUCAAGCUGCGGUUCAGAAGAGAAGAUGGGGUGGCUGCUUUUACUGGUGUUUUGGAUUUCACAAGGACAGGAAACGAAUUGGGGGUGCUGUCUGUGUUCCUGAACCAACGUCCUCCCGAAUUGAUGCAUCCACCGCUGAAAAUCUAACACAAGCACCUGCCUUAGUCCCUCCCUUCAUUGCACCUCCCUCCUCCCCUGCAUCUUUCCUUCAAUCAGAACCUCCUUCUGCUACACAAUCACCAGCAGGUUUAGUUUCUUUCAACUCUAUAUCUGCCAACAUGUACUCCCCUAGUGGACCUGCCUCAAUUUUUGCUAUUGGUCCUUAUGCUCAUGAAACCCAGUUAGUCUCACCUCCUGUCUUCUCGACCUUCACCACGGAGCCAUCAACUGCUCCUUUUACUCCACCUCCUGAGUCUGUCCACUUGACUACACCUUCCUCACCUGAGGUGCCAUUUGCACAGCUUCUUGAACCUAAUCUCCGAAGUAGUGAGGGUGGUCAGAGAUUUCCAUUUUCCCAAUAUGAAUUUCAGUCUUACCAUCUUUAUCCUGGAAGCCCAGUCGGCCACCUGAUCUCACCUAGCUCUGGCAUCUCAGGUUCAGGAACCUCCUCUCCUUUCCCGGACGGGGAGUUUGCUGCUGGGGGUCCUCAAUUUCCUGAGUUCCGAAUGGGUGAUCGUUCUAAACUGUUGAACCUUGAUAAACUUGCUACCCAUGAAUGGGGGUCACAUCAAGGUUCUGGAUCUUUGACCCCGGACACUGUAAGGUCCACUCCUCGCAAUGGUUUUCUUCUGGACCAUAACACUUCUGAGGUUGCAUUACAGUCGCCAUCGGAGAAUGGACUCCAAAAUGACCAGGUUGUUGGGCAUAGAGUCUCGUUUGAGUUAACUGCUGAGGAUGUUGUAAGAUGUGUAGAUUUGAAGCCAACAACAUUGACUAUAGCUGUAUCAGAAUCUCUACAGAAUGGGGCAACUGCUGAGAGAGAAGAAACUCCCAGAAAAGUCGAAAAUGUUCAUCAGUGUUGUGUUGGAGAAACAUCUGAUGAGACACCAGAACAAGCUGCAGCCGAUGUGGAAGUGAAACUGGCACCUCAGCAUCAUAAGCAGCAAUCUAUCACACUAGGUUCAAGCAAAGAAUUUAAUUUUGACAAUGCAGAUGGAGAUUCAUGUGAGCCUAAACUUGCUUCUGACUGGUGGGCAAAUGAGAAGGUAAUUGGGAAGGAUACCGGGGCCAUUAAAAAUUGGUCCUUCUUCCCUGUGAUUCAGCCAGGUGUGAGCUAACCAACUAACCUGUAUGCUCAACACUUUGUGUCCCUCCGCCAUGUUCAUGGAGCAUUACAACACAACAAAUAAUAGACAGUUUAGGUGUUAUAGAUCGAUGAGAGGGGCCAUUAAAUUGGCUAGCAAGCAAAUUGCAAACACAUGAAGGCUGUUUUUGAGUCCUUCGUGGCCUAAAAACAGGUAAGAAAAGGGGUAUAUUUUGUUUAGUUUUUGCGUGGUGUAAUAUAUAAAUAUCAUAGUUAGCAGUUUUUAGAUCUGUACCUUCAUCUUUUUCCACGUGUAUUCUAAAUGAAUGAUUGAAUAGCAACAAUAAUGAUGCUACAAAUUGAUUUUUAGCGCUA